CCUCCUCCUCCUCUUCCUCCUACUACAACUACAGCACCCCCAGAGUUUCAGUACCAUCAAGCCUACCCUCGAAACUACCAGUUCAUAAUGGAUAAUGAAGAUCUCUGCAAAAAUCAGACUCCGUUCCUGGUGUUGAUGGUCACUGUAACCCCCCAAAACACUGAUGCUCGGAAUGCCAUCCGAACGACAUGGGGCAAAGACAAAGUGGUGCAGGGGCAGACCGUGUUCACGCUCUUCAUGCUGGGUCUGUCUAAGAAUGGCGACCAUGAGCAGCAGAAGGAGAAGCUCCAGCAGGAGAACCUUCAGCACCACGACCUCCUGCAGAGUAACUUCAUCGACAGCUACCUUAAUCUGACCAUCAAAACCAUGGUGAUAAUGGACUGGCUAGCGACCCGUUGUCCGAGCGCGGCGUAUGGCAUGAAAACUGAUAGUGACAUGUUCCUUAAUAUUGACAACCUGGUGAAAAUGCUCAUGUUGCAGGGCAUUCCCAGGCAGAACUACCUGACAGGAUUGCUUAUGUGGAACAGGGAACCCAUCAGGGACAAGAAUUCCAAAUGGUACGUCCCUGUGGAGUUGUACCCAGACAGCCUGUACCCAACCUACACGCUGGGCAUGGGGUAUGUCUUCUCCAAUGACCUUCCAGCAAAAUACGUGGAAAUCUCCAAACUCAUAAAGCCCUUCAACAUAGAGGAUGCCUACAUCGGAAUGUGCAUGAAGAAGCUCGGGUUGGGACCGACGUCGCCCCCAGACCCCUGGCAGUUUCAAGCCUAUAGUGGGAAGUUUGAUCGCUGUAAAUACUCCAAGAUCAUCACCUACAUCCUUGGUUCCUCGCAGCAGUUGAUCGACUACUGGACAGAGCUGAAGAAGCCAGGAGACCCUUGUCCGGUCAAAGAAAACUGAACUAAAGUUUUAAACUGAAUUUUUUUUUAAGGAAUCAACAAAGUUGUGGUUGCUUAACAUCAUGUUGGGGGAUUUGUCACAUCUGGAGGUUUUGAUGGAGGGGGACAUUUGGUGCAGCAAUAACAUCUAAGUAAGAAUCAGUUUGUAACUUCAGAAAGUGUGACUCUCCAGGGAGUUUUGCGUUUUGCUGUUAGGAUGUGACACAAAGCCCUGAUGUGGGCGGGGCCUGAGGCACAGUUUGCCCAGUCAGUGUCCUCAGGGGCUCUUCUGGUGUAUAAUGACAGGACAGUGUUGUCGCUGCAAAGCUAAUUCAAGUGUAGUGUUCUGUUAUUGAGUGACAGGUAAAUGUUACUGCAGCUAAAAUCACUGUUGCUGCUGUUUAAUCGUCACGUGUGUCGUUUAUUCUUGUGUUCAUUUUGCCAAGAUCUAAAUCCUUUAGCGUGGUAGUUGAUACUGCACUGCCAUCAGACGCCACAGUUCUGAACAGUUCUGCGUGCACCGCUGCUGUGUUUAUGAAGGUAAAUGUUGACACUAAAACUAUUUGGAGUUUGUUGUGCAAACAACACCACUCUUCUCUGUUCUCUGUUCAGGUUAUAAACGACUCAGGGCCAAGUUGACGCCCAAUUCUUAUCAUCUAUAGUUCUCAUCUGCACUACGAUUUUUAGAGGGGCAUGAUAACAUUUAUUUUAUUACUUUUUUUAAUCUCUAAGGCCAAACUCUGGAACUCAUAACAAUUUUAAAGACAAAAACACUGUAUUUUUUUCUCUCCAAACCUUGUACAGACAAACUGUGCCUCCUUCAAAGUGAUAUUAGUGUGGUAAAAACAUCCAUUAAGAUAAUUAAUCAAGAUAAUUUAGUGUGGAGGAAGUUGAAUCAGACUGCUGCUACUGGGAACAUGUCAACAUCUUACAUUCUCUUGGUUCUUUUGGGAAAAGGCACAUAAGGUAUCGUAUGUAAGAGAUUCAACUAAAACAAACCCCGUGAAG